CACCUCUUUUAUACACAUAUAUAUAUCCAAUGCGGCCGAUUAAAAUUAUAAAACUCAUUGAGACUAGGAAAUUUACUCAAACUAAAAAAUCUACUUUGAUCGUAUUUCCUUUGUGGGUACAAACUCAAGAAAUAUUUUCUACACCAAUGAUGGUUGAGUUUAUUCAUUUCCUUUCUGAGCAUAUAUUAGUUUUGUAAACUUUUGUUGACGUAAGUCUACCUAAUGCACAGUUAUUUGGAUCCAGAGUAUGCCUCGAGUGGGAAUCUCACUAAGAAAUCAGAUGUCUUUUCUUUCGGUGUUGUGCUUCUAGAAUUGAUAACCGGGCGUCGUCCGCUUGACAGAACUCGACCCUUUGAUGAGGAAAGCAUGGUUGAUUGGGCAAGGCCUUUGCUCACACAAGCCUCAGAAGAUGGCAAUUUUGAUGCCAUUAUUGAUCCAAAGCUGAACAAGGACUACAUUACUGAGGAAAUAACUCGGAUGAUUGCUUGUGCUGCUGCUUGCGUUCGUCAUUCUGCACGACACCGUCCAUCAAUGACACAGGUAGUUCGAGCACUGGAAGGAAAGUUUUCUAUGUCCGAUUUAAGGGCAUAUAAUAGUUGUCAAAGCUCAGAUUAUGACACCAGCCAAGACGAGGAGGAUUCAAAGAAAUUUAGGAUGAUGGCCAUGGAAAGUCAAGAGCAAGCUACAAGUGAGUUCAGCGGGCACAAUAGCGAGGAUGGCUUCAACCAUCCACUCAAGCAGCGAGGGUCAACAGACUACCAAGAGAUGGACUUGGGGAAUAUGGCCGAGGAAGGUCGUCACGCUAGUGGAGGCUCUUAAUAUUAAUACAAAUCGAGAGGACAGACCCUACUUUCACAGUUCCAUGCGCUUUGACAUGUGGCCACAUGUUAGCAAUUAUUAUUUGUAUAUAGAAAUAGAUUAGAUUUGGGAAAGGCAGAAAGCACAUCAGAUUUCGUCAUGUCUAUGUUGCGGAUUUGAGUAGUAUAGUUUGAGGUAUUCUAAUAACAGUCGUUGCUGGUUCGGUAAUGUGCAAGAUUGAAACCACAAGGAACUCAAAGCAGGCGGGAUCUUUCUUGUGAUCUUAUAGGAAUAGUGGGUUGCUGCAAUUUUUGGUUGGAAAGUUAUGGAGCCAUGAUCAUUCUUCAUAAUGUUGUAAAGACUUUCGAAAUCUUCCAGGUGCGGUCAGCAUAUAUGAAUCUGCACAUUUGUUUAAUUCAUGUUAGAAAAACCCCUAAUUAUUAAUAAAUGAUUUCUCUAAGAUAA